AUGGAUUUAUACAAGAAUUUCGAGUUAAGAACUAAAAAUCAAUCUGUAGUCAAUUUGAAUCAUACAGAGGAGUCCGAAGUUGAAAUUGAUGAAAAAAUUCAAGAAGAAAUUAACAAUUAUCAUCAAAAUGCACAAGCUUAUUUAGAAAGUCUUAAAGGUAAUAACACCCAAGUCAUAAACAACGUGGUACAAUUACACAAUUGCAUUUUAUACAAAUUUUCAGAUUUUGAUACUUUAAUUUUCGCUCAGAAUUCGAUCUUAGAAGCAAUAAUGGCAUGCUCAUGCGAUAAAGAACUUUACUAUACAUUUUUCAUCAAAUAUAUAUCAAUCAAUAAAGAAAAUGCCCUCGAAACACUUAAAAUUGGUUUAAUUCCAUUUAUAAUCCAGUCAGGUGAACUAUUUAACAGCCCAUUAUACAUUCUACAACUAAUACACGAGUACUGCAAAUACUCUUCUGAGGUAUUUAUGGCUGUAAUUUUUUCAUCAAAUAUUAUUUUCGAAAUUAUUUCGAAUUUCAAACAAAUACCCGAUGAUAACAAAGGAAUUUAUGCAAGAAUAAUUGCAACCAUACUCACGAAUUCAUCCAUUAAACCUCUUUUGGAGUUGAAUUUUAAAAAUAAAUUUUCUGAUGAAGAAGCUUCAGAUUUUUUGAUUUUAGAGAACAAGCCUUUCAACGAGGACUUAUUCCACUAUUACCAGCAACAUGGAAUUCCUGUUAAUUCAUAUGACCAAUCUCCAAUUUGUGAUUUCUUCAUAGAAUACAUUUAUCAACAAGAAUCAUUAUUUGCAUUACAACAUAUUAUAUUUAAAGAAGCUAUUGAAUGCAAAUAUAUUUUAUUUAAUCCAUCAUUCAAAGAAAUUUUCUUUGAUUUAGACAAAUUAUUAUCUUUUCCUAAGGAAUUUCACAUAGAUUUAGUAUCUGUUCUGGAUAGAAUAUUCUAUAGAAUGGAAAUCAUUCCAGAACAAGAGUAUUUUACUAAUAUAAUGAGGUAUCUUUUAUCUUUUAUCAUUUCUAAUGAAAGUGACAAGAAAUUAUUUGAAAAGGCUUCAAACGCAAUUGUAAAUUUCUUGGCUGCAACAAAUUAUCCACAAUUUAUUGAUGAUUUGUUUGAUGAGUCAGUAAUAGCAACAAUUUGCAAUCUUUUUAAUGAUUCAGAGUUUCACAAGAAGAAGGCUGCAAUGUUUCUCUUUUUAAUUGUUGCUUCAAACUAUAAAUUAGAUAUUAUCAAUGAAGAUUCAAUGGAAAGUAUUAUUGAUUUCAUUGACUCUGAUCUAAACGACACAGAAUCUCUCGAAUUCAUUGUUAUCAACCUUACUUCUAUUUUUGAAGCUAAUGAAGAGUAUAUUUCAUUGUUUCAAGAUUUGGGAGGCUCUGAAGUCAUUGAAAGACUAAUUGAAGACAAGAAAGUUGGUGAAAGAAUGUCACAAUUCUAUAAUGACUAUUUUGAUGACACUGAAAUCGUUUUAAACCUCGAUGAGGAUUAA